GCUUCUAUACAUCUUUCUAAGGUACCUAUUCACUCCGAAAAUCAACUCAACAAACCACAACCGCUACAAUGAAGGCCUCAAUCCUCUCAAUCGCACUUAUCUCCACCAUCACAGGCUCUAGCACCGCAUCCCCCGUGAAUGCUACAGCUUUAUCCUCACCAAGUCCACUGCCUUCGUCUUCGCUUCCUGCACAGCCUUCUCCCUCCGGCCCGCCAGGUUUCGAGCUUGCCGACAUCGUCGUAACCUGCCUACCGUUCUGGCAGACGUUGAAAUACGAGACAUGUAUGUACGAGAAAGCGUUACCGCAAUGCGGUGCCAUGGGCACGGCUGAGCAGAAAGCCUGCUUUAACUUAUGGAAGGUCACGUGCGCACGACAAGCCGGCUGCGUUAUCGCUCAGCAGUAA